AUGCUACGGUUCGAGGAUUGGUUUUGGGGAACUCCAGCGGACCCGACGGCUGGGGUCAAAAUCCUGCACGAGCAUCAUAUCAUGGGUUUGGCGGAGCUGGAAGAGCUGAACCAGUUUCUCAAGCUUCGAGUGGCCGCUGAAGAAGCAUACUGCACGAAACUAGCGGACUUGAGCAAAUCGAAAUCCCGAGCGGAUGGAUUCGGGAAGGACGAGUCACUUCUGUCGCAGAUCUUCGAAAACUCCAAAGAGGAGAUGUCCAAUCUGGGCGGCUCGCAUAGACGGGUCAUAGAGGAGAUAUCCAACACCAUGCAAACCGUGCAGCACUACCUCGAUGAAAGUAAAAAGAUCUUCGAAGUGCGGAAGGAGAAGAUCGAUGCUGCAUCCAAGCAGUUGGCGACGCAGCGAUCUGAGCUGGAUGCGCUACAAGCAGAUUACCUGGGGAAAUGCAAAGUCGCUGAUGAAGAAGAGAGCAAAGUGGAUCACGUCGAGGACGAGUUGCCAGCAAUGGAUGUCAUGAUAAAUGUCGGCGCGCGACUGUUCACCGUCGAGGAUUUCAACACGCUACUGGCGCGAAUGCAGCGGGACCUGAAAACACAGGAUAUCAGAUCCAUCUGGGGAACGACUAAAGAUGUCAUCGUUGGAAAGGACAUUGCCGAGUACCUAGGGACAUAUUUGCGAGUCGAUGAGAAGGAGUCCGCGGAAAUCUUGAUUCACCUCAUCAAUGAAGGCUUCUUCCGCCCGACGCAUCGCAUUUCCGUGACCAGCCUCACUUCCACAAAUCUCAACCCAUCCCAAACGUAUGUCUGGAAGCGGUACGCAAUCGAAACAGAGCCGAUUCACCGUAAAGCGCGUAGAGAGGCAGAUCGUGCGGACUUUGCUUACCGCAAGGCUGUGACCGCAACGGAAGAGACCCGGUCCAGCCUGGAGCUGCAGUGCUGGGAGUACAUGCACACAAUGCAAGAUGCUGAGUUGCGGCGGAUUGAGUUGGUCAAGCAGACAUUGGGUCGCGUGAAUAAGUCGCAUGAGAUUGUGGUGGAAGGACUUAGAAUGCAUGGAGGUCAUCAGGCGGUGUAUCUGGAGAUGCUGAGACCGCAGAAAGAGGUGGAUAUUUUGACUGAGAGGCUGAGGACGGGAAACAUCAGGAUCGCGCCGGUCGUGUACAAGAAUGCGUAUUCGGGCUUCGAUAGUGGUCUGAGCACGACCGGCGUACCUUUGGAGGAAAACGCCCCAGCCGGCUCACAGAGCCUGCCUCCUUUCCUACGCAAGUGCUUAACCGUCGUAAAGGAGGGUCGAGAGAAGGGAGCGUUGCUCCCAGCGGACGAAUUUUCGCUCUGGAUAACACCAAGUCCGCCGCCUCAAUCCUUCCCCGACCUACACAAACCUAUGGCGCCCCCGCUCAUGAUCCCAAUGAUCAAACAGUAUCUCUAUCAUCUCCCGCAAUCCCUUGUGCACCCUGAGAUUUACGAUCCGCUAAAGCUGCUGUACCUGUCCAAAACCGAUGAAGAGGAACAUCAUGGACGCGUGGGCAGCUUGAGAUCACUGUUGGGAGUCAUGCCCUUAAUUCACUGGAAAGCGACGAAGGAGCUCACGGGCCUCCUGCAUGAGUUGAUGCUGUCUUUUCCCGGGGAUGACCAAAAGAUUUUGGAUCUUGCGGGUUCUUUGGGAUCGGCGAUACUGAGACCAAUGGCUCCGACUGCUGUCACUCUGCAUGAUAAGCAUCCAGUGCGAUUGAUGAAGGAUUUGCUCGUGCAUCACCCAAAAAUCUUCUCCACAUCACAAACCGACCGCCGACGCCCCAAGCCAGCAACAAACGGCGAAACAAGCUCCCUUCUAGACGUCGAUCUUGACUCGGACUCCCGUUCACAUCGAUCGCGGUCACGAAGCCGCGGCCGUCCUGUCGCGGGCAUGGAUGCCGACAGUGACGAUGAACUGGACAUCAGGGUCUCUGUGGAUGGCGUUGUGACGAGCCGGACGGGGAGUGCAGCUAGUCUGAUGACAGACGGAGGGAUAUCGAAUCCGACGCCCGCUUUGAGCAUGGAGUCGUUUCAUUCAGGGGAUGGUGCCGGUGUCCUGGCCGGAUUGAAACUUGUGGAACAUGGGGAUGAAGAGGUAAGUUGGCCGGUCUUUCGUCUCCCUUUUGCAGUUGUGGGCCUGACAUACAAAAUUCACGAUCCCCCAGGAUAUUGA